CUUCACUACUCAAAAUGCAAACACAUAACUAUCAACACUCUCCUCUUCCCUGCUCUUAAAAUUUGUCUUUCUACAACGAAAAAUGCAAACACGUAACUCCAUCACAUUCCUUGUUUUUUCACUCUUAUUAAUUUCUCCAACGUUUCUUUCCGCCGCAAAAACACCGCAAGAUCUCAUCCGUUCAUCAUGCGCACAAGCUAGAUACCCAACUUUGUGCGUCCAAACACUCUCUAACCAAGUAGGCCCAACUACGAAGCCAUUAAACUUGGCUCAAGCCGCCGUUAACGCUACUCUCACUCACGCUCUCACACUUUCCGUUUACUUCAAUACCCUACAGUCCCACGUGGCUCUGGGACCCACCGUUAGUAACAGACUACGAGUUGCGGUGAGUGACUGUGUUGAACAGAUUUCCGACUCGGUUACGGAGUUAAAUCGAACGUUAAACGAGUUACGGCAUUUACGGAUGGGAACAUUCGAGUGGCAAAUGAGUAACGCUCAGACAUGGGCUAGCACGGCGUUAACUAACGGUAACUCUUGUAUAAACGGUUUGAAUAGAAGUGACGCAGAAAAGAAGAUGAAGUUGGAGGUGAAACGUAGGGUUACAGAUUUAUCCAUGUUAACGAGUAACGCUCUCUACUUAAUCAAUCGUGUUAGUGAUAGCAGGAAUCCAAAGCCUCACUCCAGUAAUUCCAAAAACUGAUGCAUAUCUUCCUCUAUCAUCAAAAGUUAAUGUUUUAUUGAUCAUUACUAGUAGCUUUUUUUUUUUUUUUUUUUUUUUUUUUUUUUUU